AAAGCCAAAGACUUCUGAACUCACUAUGCCUGCAAGUGCCUUCUUCGUAAAAUGAGACAUGAAGUGGACUCUUCCCACGGUGCUCGCCCAGAUUGCAAUUCUAAGGUCUAUAACCCACUAGAAUUGCUGAGAUGCAGGACGCCUGCAUCACUUAAAGGCCUUUUUGCUGUUGGUAGGAAAUGACAGCUGCUGAGAAAAUGACCAGCAAAGAACCUGAUCGGCCUGAGGACAUGGUGACCUUCCCCGAGGUGGCUGUGAGCUUCUCCCCAGGGGAAUGGCUGUACCUGGAUGCCCCUCAGAAGAAGCUCUACAGAGAUGUGAUGCUGGAGAUCUACCAGCACCUGCAGGCCAUAGGUGCUUCUCGAUUUAAACCUUCCCUCAUCUCAUGGUUGGAACAAGGAGACUUGAGGAUGAUGAAGAGCAUCUUUAAAGAAUGGCAACCCCAACUUCAAGCAUUGGAGUGUCAUUCAUUUCAGUUUGGAAAAGCAGCAUCCAGUUGGUUGGAGAAGGGCAGCCAUCAGCAUGCGUGGAAUGCAUCUGUUCAUGAAGAAUGCAAGAAAGACUCACAUGAACACUCACACCAUGGCCUCUGUGGGGGAGCUCUUCCCCGGGGAGCGAGAUCACCCACAGACCCACAGCAGGAAAGAAGCUCCCUGUCCCCAAAGCCGAUGACUGGCAAAGCCACCAGGAAGUCAGCCAGCCCACUGCAUGCAAAAACACAGCCUGGCACGAAGCCAUUUAAUUGUGAUAAACACGGAAUCCUUACAGAUCGUGUUCCCAGGAAUAAUCCGGUACAGAAACACCCCUCCCAGUGUCAGGAAACUGCGAGAAGCUUGCCAUGCGCCCGGUACCCUGCUGCCCAGAGUGGCAAGCAUGCCUACGCAUGCCAGCAUUGUGGCAAAGCUUUCAGCCAGUCCUGGAGCCUGACGACACACAUGAGAAUCCACACGGGAGAGAGGCCCUACAAGUGCAAGGAGUGUGGUAAGACCUUCACGCAGUCCUCCGGCCUAAGACAACACAUGAAGAUCCACACGGGAGAGAAACCUCAUACAUGUGUCAGGUGUGGCAAAGCAUACUCCUACUUAUCGGAUCUCACCAAGCACUUCCGGAUCCAUACAGUGGAGAAACCGUAUGUGUGCCUGGUGUGUGGGAAGGCCUUUGCUCAGUUUUCGGGUCUCAGCCUCCACCGGCGGAUCCACACGGGAGAGAGACCCUUCGUGUGCAAGGACUGUGGCAAGGCCUUCACGCAGUCUUCCAACCUGAAGACGCACAUGCGGAUUCACACCGGAUUGAAACCCUACUCGUGUCAGGAGUGUGGGAAAGACUUUACGCAGUCCUCACACUUGCUUCUUCACAUGAAGGUCCAUGCCGGGGAGAAACCUUUUCAGUGUGACAAAUGCAGGAGGGCCUUCAUUCAGUCCUCCGGCCUUCGGAAACAUAUGAGAAUCCACACGGGUGAGAAGCCAUACGAGUGCAGAGAGUGUGGGAAGGCCUUCACUCAGGCCUCCGUGCUCACUCUCCAUAUGAAAACCCACAGUGGAGAGAAACCCUACCCGUGUACAAAGUGCGGAAAAGCAUUCGCGUAUUCCUCGGUGCUGGCUGUGCACAUGCGAAUCCACACGGGAGAAAAGCCCUAUGCGUGUCAGGAGUGUGGGAAGGUUUUCACUCAAUACUCAGGCCUGAGUGCCCAUCAGAAAAUUCACACUAGAAAGAAACCUGAAAAAUAAAAGAAAUGGACAAUGGCUCUGAGGGCCAGUAACAGUGGGGAAGGCCCUGACCUUGCUGCUGAUCCAGGUUCCAU